AUGCGGCAGAAAGACUCAGCUAGCAAUUCAGCCGAAAGACACCACUGUGCCAUCCAGAAUAGAAGGAGUGUGGAAUUAUGGGAAAGAAAGAGGCAGAGUGUCCUGGAUGAGAACAUGAGCAGCUCAGACAUGCAGUGCCAGCGCUUCAGACAGUUUUCCUACAAGGAGGCAGUGGGUCCCCGAGAGGCUUGCACCCGACUCCACCUUCUUUGCCGUCGCUGGCUGAAGCCAGAAAGACACACAAAAGCUCAGAUCCUGGACUUGGUGAUCCUGGAGCAGUUCUUGGCUAUCCUUCCCCCGGCACUUCAGAGUGAGGGAAUAUCAGAAACUUCUCAAGGGAGGGUCGGUGUGAUUUCCUUGCAGCAGAGAAGGCUCCGUUGGACGGCAAACACAGUGCGCUGCCAAGAAAAGUUGAAUGUGACGGUGACGGAGAUGCCCCCUCAAAGGGGGAUGGAAUGCUGUUCGGAACGAGCUGUCCUUUGCCUCUUCUUCUCUGUGGUGGCAAAGAACCAAAGCAGGAAAUGUUUCCUUUUCCGCCAGGCUGUGGUGACCUUUGAGGAAGUGGCUGUGGAUUUCACCCUGGAGGAGUGGGCGCUGCUGGAUCCAGAGCAAAGAGCCCUGCACAGAGAAGUCAUGGAAGAGAAUCGUUUGUUUGUAGCCUCUCUCGCAGAUCAGGAAAUUUAUGCUAGAGAAGAGACCUACACGUGCACCAUGUGUGGUAAACAUUUUGCUGAAAGGUUGGCACUUACACUUCAUGAGCAGAUCCACACUGAAGACCUGUGUUUCACAAAUAAAGCACCUGGAAAAGAUGAUAAUACUGAACCCAAACUUAGAGUCCACACUGGAGAGAAACCAUACAAAUGCCAGGACUGUGGGAAACGUUUUACCCAUCAUUCAACCUUUCUUGCACACCAGAGUGCCCACACAGGACACAAACCAUUCAAAUGCCAAGAGUGUGGGAAGAGUUUUGCUCAAAAGUGUGGGAAAUGUUUUGCUCAGCGUUCAGGAGUCCUGAAACACCAGAGAGUCCACACUGGAAAUAAACCAUACCAAUGUCUAGAGUGUGGGAAAUGUUUUUCUCACAGUUCAGCAGGCCUGACUCACCAGAGUGUUGGCAAUGGAGAGAAACCAUAUAAGUGUCAAGACUGUGGAAAAUGUUUCAGUGAGAAUUCAGUCCUGUCACAUCAGACACUUGACACUGGAAAGAAGCCAUACAAAUGCCAGGAGUGUGGGAAAUGUUACGUUCAGAAUUCAG